CUCCAAACAAAAGCUUGAUCUUCAACAAAACAUACGAAAGAGGUCGCUUAAAGAACUCCCGCACCACGACGUAACAAAGCAAUUGACGGCAUUUUUGAUCGACAAUCUGUUUUCACACUAUCAACCACGAUAUUGCGAAUCCGGGACAUACUAUUACAAACACAAUGGCAUCGCGCAUCUUAUCACCAGCGAGCAGAAUGCUUCGCGCACCAGUAAUGGGAGCUACCAGAGGGUUUUCAAUGAGUGCGAGGAGAGCAGCUCAGAUUACGGAAACUCCUUUGCCAGUUAGGAAGCCGGUUGGGGCCUUUAGAGGAGGAUUGACUGGCUUCUUACUCGGAUCAACAUUAGCCGGUGCGGGAGUUUACUAUUAUAUUCUCGAGGAAUACAAGGUCAGCAAUGAGUUGUUGACAGAGGAUAUUUAUAGUCUGCAAAAUUCAGUACAGAGAGUUCACACAUAUGUUCAAUCGCUAGAGGAGAAGCUUGCAGAUUUGGAAAAGAAGAAGAAAUAAGCGAAGAGAGGAUGUCAGUGGACGAGAAGGAAUUGGAAAGGCGAUUGCGAGGAAAAUGCAUAGUGCGGGAAGCUAGGAAGAGAAUGCAAGCAGAAGGAGAUCGUGUAUAAUAUCCGAAAUGCGAUGCGAUGAGUCGAUUUGACGAAUAUCUUUGCGAGCUGCGAGCAUAAUGCUAGGUUUAUAGGAAAUAAGAAACAUCUCCAAGUACCUUAUAAUGAUUUUAUGUGGUGGGGUGCUCAAAGAAGCUUCUUUGGAGCAAUGUAAAGCUUUGAGUUGUAAUGCUGAGAUU